AUGACAGUCUCACGCACUCAUGAAAUUACGGCACACUUAUCUGAAAGGCUCUUCUUUGAUUAUCUUAAGCCAAUGGGCCUCGAUUACUAUCUUCGAAGCUUUGGAUCCGCCACUUAUAAAGCAGAAAAUGGCUCCGCUAAACAGCCCGACUGCCAAUUUUUACCAAACAGACUUCCUCUAGCUCGAACGAAGAAAUGGCCCACGCUUAUUGUGGAAACGGGCUUUUUAAAGUCUCCUGGCAAAUUAAUAUCGGAUACUCGGUUCUGGCUUUCCGAAUCCAACGGCGAUGUUCAAAUGGUCAUCACAAUAAUGAUCGGCCGGAGCUCGCCUGAUAUCGUGCUGGAGUUAUGGGAACUUGUGAACGAUAGGGUCAAACGUCAGCAAAUCGUUACGAUCAGCAAAGGCGAGAACAAUCGUGUCUACCUCAGGGGCCAGCCGCUUAUUAUCAGCUUCGAUAAGCUCUUUCUUUGCCCGCCGAGUAUCCCGAAAGAAACGAAGAUCAGCCUUGACGGCGCUAUUUUGGAGAAAGAUUGCUCAGGAGGUCUGGGAAGAGCAAGGUUUUUGACGACGGCUCAAUCAAUAAUUGGCCUUAGGCUGCUAGACUUCAGUUCUCGGUAG